AUUGGCUGCUUAGCGCGGGGCAGCGCUGCUCACACUCGCAGCCCGCAUGUCGGCCCUUUGGCGCGCGCGGGCGGUGACGUCUUUGGCGGGAAUGCGAAGCUCUGCCAGUCUCCCCUAACGCCAACAAAACAUUUCUUUUGUUUCUCGCGCCAUGGCAUCCAACAUCCUCUUCCUGCCCUUCCGGCGCUCGCACUCGGUGAACCUGACCGACGCCAUCAAGCAGUACAUCUCGUCCAAGUAUGACCAGCACCCCGACAUGUUCUCCAAGGACCUCGAGACGAUUGAGAGGCUCCGCUCCGUCGCCAUCCACGCCCAGGAAGCCCACCCCAGCAACAUCCCCAAGCUGCAGCAGUACGCCGCCCAGCUGAUCUGGCUGAGCGGCAAGUUCCCCAUCGACAUUGGCGUCGAGUUCCCCUGGUAUCCCGCCCUGGGCUACAACACGAGCCGCCCGGCAUCGCGCAACAACGUCCGCUUCGAGCUCGCCAACAUCGUCUUCAACCUCGCCGCCAUGUACUCGCAGCUGGCCAUGUCGUCCAACCGAAGCACCCCCGACGGGCUCAAGGCCGCCGCCAACAACUUUUGCCUGGCCGCCGGCGUCCUGUCCCACCUGCGAAACCACCUCCUGCCUGAGCUGCGCACAGAGCCGCCCGAAGACAUGGACCUCAUGACGCUCGAGUCCCUGGAGAAGCUCUUGCUGGCCCAGGCCCAGGAGUGCUUCUGGCAAAAGGCUGUCAAGGAUGGGCUCAAGGAUGCGACGAUUGCGAAACUCGCCGCCCGCGUAUCCGACCUCUACAACGAAGCGAGCGACGCAGGCAUACAGUCGGACGCAAUCAGCAGCGAGUGGAUACACCAUAUGACGGCAAAGCACCAUCACUUUGCCGCUGCCGCCCAGUACCGUGCUGCCUGCGACUCGCUGGAGAAGCGCAAGUAUGGCGAAGAGGUUGCAAGGCUGCGUGACAGUCUGACGUGCGUCAACGAGGCGCUCAAGGAACAGCGCUACAUCAACAAGGCCGUGCUCGCGGACCUCAACGGCCUCAAGAACCGCAUUACAGAAGAUCUCAAGCGUGCGGAAAAGGACAACGAUAUGAUCUACCUGCUGCCAGUCCCGCCCAAGGCCGAGCUCAAGAUACUCGACAGGGCAAACAUGGUGGUGGCAAGAGUCCCAAAGGAGCUUGCCGAGUCCAACUCAAUGCUGGGAGACCACGGCGAGCUCGGUCCGGCUCUCUUUUCCAAGCUGGUGCCCUACUCGGUGCAUCUGGCAGCGAGCAUCUAUGUCGAUCGCCGAGACAGAAUGGUCAAUGGGCAGAUUGUCGAGCAGCUGGAGGCGCUGACGGACAAGGUGCACGAGGUGCUCCGCAGCUUGAACCUGCCGGGCUCGCUACAGGCUUUGGAGAAGCCAUUGGGCCUCCCGCCGGGUCUUGUUGCUCACGCCGACGAGAUACGCCAACAAGACGGCAUCAACCGCCUGUUGCGUUCGAUGGAAGACACCAAGAAGCUCAUGUACACGGACCAAGCCAUUUACCAGGAAGGCGUCGACAUUUUGCGUUCGGAAGCAGCAGAGGACGAAAACGCCCGGCGCAAGUUUGGCACCCAGCAAUGGACCCGGCCACCCGCAGAGCAAGCCGCGCCAAAACUCUAUGCUCAGAUUGGCGAGAUUGACGGCUACUUCAGGGCUGCAACAAACAGUGACAACAUUGUCAAGACGAAGCUAAGGGAAAACGAGUACUUUAUCAAACUGCUCAGCGGGCCCGAUGACGAACUGGAGAAUUACGUCCCCAGUGGGCGGAGACCUGCAAUUACCGGCGAAGUAGAACGCGAGGCUGGCAAGCUGCGCGGUAGCUUCAACGAGGUCAGCCGACUGGAGAGCCGGCGGCGGCGGAAGAUUGAGGCUUUGAGGACAAAGGCGAAGCAAGAUGACAUAAACCCGGAGCUGCUGCGCGAAGCCGCUCGCUUAGAGCGGGAGUAUCCCAUGCAGACAAUCGAGGCUGUACAGUUUGAAAGCUUGUUCGAUAGGCGACUACAGAUGUACGAUGCUGACCUCGACAUGGUGCAAGAAGAGGAGAGGGAGCAAGCCGAGGCCAUCAAGCGGCUACAGGACGCAAACGCCGCCUUUUUGAUGGCUCGUCGCGGAGACCAGUCCAACAAGAAGCGUGAGCAGGCGUUGCAAAGCUUGGAGAAUGCCUACUUCAAGUACAAGGAAAUCAUCUCCAAUCUCGAUGUUGGGCGCAAGUUUUACAAUGAUCUUGCCAAGAUUGUGAAUCGGUUUAGGGACGAAGCUCGUACUUUUGCCUACAAUCGCAAGUCCGAGGCAUCGCAUUUGGAAAGCGACCUCACUACGCGAAUGAGCUCACUCGGUCUUCAGCAAGCCGCGUCCAAUUCACUCCAGAAGCAGAAACAGGCCGACGCGCAGGAUCCACACUAUGGUGCAAGUGCACAUGCCGAAGAGCCCUUGGCUGCUCCAACACCCACCCGAGCAAGCAUAGUACCGACUUCGGGUAUGUGGACUCCAGAGGUUGGAAUACGCUUUGGCGAUACCCCCGCAGCCUCUGGCAACUCCCGAUCCUCUGGCGGACCUCCACAAGACGGGAGAUGGGAUCCUGCACAAGGGGUGAAAUUUGGUUAGAUACACUUGGAGUAGCGCCAGCGCCAGUUUUAUUUCUGUUGAAAGCAUCGAAGCAUCAAAGCAUCGUUUUACAUAGGAUACCCAUGGCACUCACGAAUGAAA